AUGCUGUCUCCAAAGCUGUCUGCUCCUUCGGCCUCGCUACUGCGCUUCUUACAUACACAGUCUGGGUUCACGACUGCACCAGCAUGCGCUCGCCCAAAACGCCUCGGCCGUGACAAGCCCUUCUCGACAGUACGAGCCUCCAAACUUCCGAGCUGGACACAUCCUACGACCCUGUGCCCGGCAAGAAACGAUGGCGCGUCGAAUGGAAGAUCUAGCGCAAUCAGGCCAAUGCUGGUCCCGUCAAUGCCGACACAGGUGACGUUCUCGCGCCUCGCAUCUACCAAAAGCCGCCCGUUUCUCCGACGGCUGUUCGAUUUGAAGCGAAACAAAGCGUCAGAAUACCAAAACCAAAGGCCUGCUGGAUCUGGACUCGUCGAUGAAGGCACAGAGGGUUUAUUCAAUAUUGGCCGUAGUCUCUCAGCGAAGGCUUCAAACGAGCUACGGAUUCGAUGCACGGAGUUUGAUAUCAACGGAGAUGUCACGCUUGUUAACGGAGAAUUUCGGAAGCUGGAACUUAUUGCAAAGUACGGACUUCUUCCACGAGACCUGCGCAAGAUCGAUUCCUCGACUCUCCCUCACAUUCUGGUACGACCGAGUGCCAUUCUGAUCAAUCUCCUUCACCUGCGAGUCCUCAUCAAAGCGGACCGCGUACUCGUGUUCGACGCGUACGGAUCGACAGACUCAUACAUGCAAUCGCUGUUUAUCUACGAUCUAGAAGGAAAGCUACGCCAAAAGCAAUCACAGCUUGCCUCUCAGCUCAGCCAGUCAUUACCAUACGAGUUCCGCGCGCUGGAAGCCGUGCUCAUUAGUGUUACAAGUGGCCUCGAGGAGGAAUUCAACGGCGUGAGAGAUCCGGUCGUGCGUGUUCUACGCGCGCUGGAGGAAGACAUCGACCGUGACAAGCUCCGGCAUCUUUUGAUCUACUCUAAGAAGCUGGGUACAUUUGAGCAGAAAGCACGAUUGGUCCGAGAUGCUAUCGACGAUCUGCUAGAAGCAGACGACGAUUUGGCAGCUAUGUAUCUUUCCGAGAGAUCCAAGGGCAAAGAAAGAGAGGAGGAUGAUCACCAGGAAGUUGAAAUGCUCCUGGAGUCAUACCACAAGGUGUGCGAUGAAAUCGUCCAGGCCAGUGGUAACCUUGUGACGAAUAUUCGCAACACAGAAGAAGUAGUCAAGGCUAUUCUCGAUGCCAACCGCAACUCGCUCAUGCUCAUGGACCUCAAGUUCAGCAUUGGAACACUCGGCCUCGCAACAGGAACAUUAUUCUCCGCUCUGUACGGAAUGAACCUGAAGAACUUUAUCGAAGAGUCUGACUUCGGCUUCGGCAGUGUCUCAGUCAUCUGCUUCGCGCUCACAGGCAUAGUCUGCGUUUAUGGACUUGCCAGACUUCGUAAGCUCCAGCGCGUUCGCAUGUGGGGUGAAGCCGGAGUGGGAGGCACUUCUCCUCUAGCUCCGUUAUCCCCGAAGCGCAGUGCAUUCGGCGUUAACCGCAACAACUGGCGCGCUGACUCGAUUGAACCUGUCUGGGGCAGUCUUCCAGGUGAAGGCAGACCCGAGCGUAUGAAGCGUCUCAGAGAACACGCGGCUGCUCAAGCUGCAUCUAGGAACACCAAAUUUGGAGUUCCAAAUAGCCCUAGCGCUACUGCUGCACAAACACCAGCUUCGGCUCCUCACAACAAGCCUCGCGCAGAGGGCAGCAAGGGAACCGAGAAGGAAACUGCUGUUCACGGCGAAGGCAACGCAAAGCCUGGCUCACACGCGUGA